GGGGCAGCCCCAGACGCUGCCUGUUCCUGCCAUGGUGCUGUGGCCCUGCUGGGCGGAUGGAGCAGGAUCCCAAGCCGCCCCGUUUGCGGCUCUGGGCCCUGCUCCCCUGGCUGCCCAGGAAGCAGCGGCCCAGGAUCAGUCAGACCUCUUUGCCUGCCCCUGGCCCUGGCUCUGGCCCCCAGCAGGACUUGGAUGAGGGCGUCCUCAAGGAGAUCUCCAUCACGCAUCACGUCAAGGCUGGCUCUGAGAAGGCUGAUCCAUCCCAUUUCGAGCUCCUCAAGGUUCUGGGCCAGGGAUCCUUUGGCAAAGUCUUCUUGGUGCGGAAGGUCACCCGACCUGACAACGGGCACCUGUAUGCCAUGAAAGUGCUAAAGAAGGCAACCCUGAAAGUACGUGAUCGUGUUCGGACCAAGAUGGAGAGAGACAUCCUGGCUGACGUAAACCACCCAUUUGUGGUGAAGCUGCACUAUGCCUUCCAGACCGAGGGCAAGCUCUAUCUCAUUCUGGACUUCCUGCGUGGUGGAGACCUCUUCACACGACUCUCAAAAGAGGUGAUGUUCACAGAGGAGGAUGUGAAGUUUUACCUGGCUGAGCUGGCUCUGGGCUUGGACCACCUGCACAGCCUGGGCAUCAUUUACAGAGACCUCAAACCUGAGAACAUCCUUCUGGAUGAGGAGGGUCACAUCAAACUCACUGACUUUGGCCUGAGCAAGGAGGCCAUUGACCAUGAGAAGAAGGCCUACUCCUUCUGUGGGACGGUGGAGUACAUGGCUCCCGAGGUUGUCAACCGCCAGGGCCACACCCACAGUGCAGAUUGGUGGUCUUAUGGGGUGUUGAUGUUUGAGAUGUUGACAGGCUCCCUGCCCUUCCAGGGGAAGGACCGGAAGGAAACCAUGACACUGAUUCUGAAGGCAAAGCUAGGCAUGCCCCAGUUUCUGAGCACGGAAGCCCAGAGCCUCCUGCGGGCCCUGUUCAAGCGGAAUCCUGCCAACCGGCUCGGCUCUGGCCCUGAUGGGGCAGAGGAAAUCAAGCGGCACACCUUCUACUCAACCAUUGACUGGAAUAAGCUGUACCGUCGUGAGAUCAAGCCACCUUUCAAACCAGCCGUGGCUCAGCCUGAUGACACCUUCUAUUUUGACACCGAGUUCACAUCCCGCACACCCAAGGAUUCCCCAGGGAUCCCCCCUAGUGCUGGUGCCCAUCAGCUGUUCCGUGGCUUCAGCUUCGUGGCCACUGGCCUGAUGGAGGACGACGGCAAGCCUCGUGCCGCACAGGCACCACUGCAUUCAGUGGUACAGCAACUCCAUGGGAAGAACCUGGUUUUUAGCGAUGGCUACGUGGUAAAAGAGACGAUCGGUGUGGGCUCCUACUCUGUAUGCAAGCGCUGUGUCCACAAGGCCACCAACAUGGAAUAUGCUGUCAAGGUCAUUGACAAGAGCAAGCGGGACCCCUCAGAAGAGAUUGAGAUUCUUCUGCGGUACGGCCAGCACCCCAACAUAAUCACUCUGAAAGAUGUAUAUGAUGAUGGCAAACAUGUGUACCUGGUGACAGAGCUGAUGCGAGGUGGGGAGCUGCUGGACAAGAUCCUGCGGCAGAAGUUCUUCUCAGAGCGGGAGGCCAGCUUCGUCCUACACACCAUCUGCAAGACUGUGGAGUAUCUGCACUCACAGGGGGUUGUGCACAGGGACCUCAAGCCCAGCAAUAUCCUAUAUGUGGACGAGUCUGGGAAUCCCGAGUGUCUGCGCAUUUGUGACUUUGGUUUUGCCAAACAGCUACGGGCUGAGAAUGGGCUCCUCAUGACACCUUGCUAUACAGCCAACUUCGUGGCACCUGAGGUGCUGAAGCGCCAGGGCUACGAUGAAGGCUGUGACAUCUGGAGCCUGGGCAUUCUGCUCUACACCAUGCUGGCAGGAUACACUCCAUUUGCCAACGGGCCCAGUGACACACCAGAGGAAAUUCUGACCCGGAUUGGCAGUGGGAAGUUUACCCUCAGUGGGGGAAAUUGGAACACAGUUUCAGAGACAGCCAAGGACCUGGUGUCCAAGAUGCUGCAUGUAGACCCCCACCAGCGCCUCACAGCUAAGCAGGUCCUGCAGCACCCAUGGGUCACCCAGAAAGACAAGCUUCCCCAGAGCCAGCUGUCCCACCAAGACCUACAGCUUGUAAAGGGAGCCAUGGCAGCCACGUACUCCGCACUCAACAGCUCUAAGCCCACUCCCCAACUGAAGCCCAUCGAGUCAUCCAUCCUGGCCCAGCGGCGAGUGAGGAAGUUGCCAUCCACCACACUGUGAGGGCCCAGAGCAUUCAGGCCCCAGGGCGGGGCUAGCCUGAUGGAGGCAGCAUCCUUCCCAGAGGGAGCUGGAACCCCAGGGCGCCCGGGAAGCAGCCAGCUCAGAUCACCCCAGUGAGGGUAUGAGAAGUGCCUUCUGCUCGCCCAGGGCGGACUCUCCUCAGCUCAGGCACUACUGGUUGAAAGUGAUUCACUGUACAAACUCUUUUUUAAGGAAAAAAAUAACAUCAACCACCACCGUGGAUUUUUACGAGAUCCAUUGCCUUUUGGGGAGCGGAAGUCGCCAGUGUGGCCCCAGGAGGGGCACUGAGUCACACUAGACUGACUGUAGACUGACUCUCUGUGACUGAGACUCCUUAGAACAGCUUUGGGAUCCUACCCUUGGGACUCCCACGGUUGGCCAUCUGUAGCCAUCUGCACACACCUCCAAGGCAGUCCAGCGUCACCUCUCAGAGACUCUGACUGUUUUGCAGAACUUACUCUAUCCCCAGUCAUCUCCUUUUCCGUUCUGUUCUGCUGGGGGGUCUAGAACCAUUUCCUGUAGAGGAGAGGACCUACACUCUGCUAGCUCCCAGCUCCAGGCACCAGCAUUCACGUUGACCCCCCCCCCGCUGUGGGUCCCCUGCAGUCAAGUUGGGUGGCCCUAAGGGAGAGGGUGUGGAAAGCACUUUUUGGCUGACUUCUAU